CCGCCACUUUCAUUCGUCCUUUCUUUCGCAGCAGGUCCGAAUAUUAACAGUAGAAACAUCAACCCAAGCAGAGCCUAUAGGACAACCAUGCAUCCAACCUUCAUUCUGCCUCCAUCUCUCGGGACACAGCGGCAGUCCCCAAAGAAAAAAAACCCAUCCCGGAAAAAACAAGCGACCUUUCUCAGGAAACCGGAGCCGGCUCUUUUCAAGUCUGCUGCUCUACAGCCAGUCCCACCGCCCAAUGCGCUUCAUCUGCCCCACUCUCCAACUGUUAACACUGCUGCGAAUAUAUCUGGUCAUAAUGGGGCUCAGGAGCGUCAGCAAUUGAAACGCAAGGCGGAUGAUCUCUCAACUGCCGAACACCAACCUAAUACCCACAAGUUCUUGGACAGGCCUGCCGCAAGCGUACAACAACUCCAUUCAACUCAGCAGCAUGUUGCAUCUCAAUCGCGCCCUCAACUUUUGUUAGAAGAGGAUUGUGCUGUGCCUACUCCAAGUGUGGCAUCUCAGCGUCUGGACAUAUCUAACCCCGCAAGGAAUCAUACAGUACUUGGACCGCCAUUGACACUUCCAGAUCGAAAAAAGGUCGCGGUUUCUCAGCUUGCGAGACGCCUCGUCUUUGCACCGAGCAUUGUGUCAACCAUACAGGGUUCUCAACGACCGAGCCAAGUUUCUAGCCGCCCUACACCCGCGGACACUAUUCCCAAUCAACUCCAUUUGUUGCAGAAACCGGAUCCGUCAAAGAGCAGAAAGUCGUCUGAUGUUGCAAGGAGCAUCAUUCUUCCAAAAACUGGCAUCAGCACUGCCAAUUCAAGGAACAGGAAGAAGACAAAGUUCGUACCACCGCUUGUCAGGGGCGGCUAUGCGGAGAGAUUGGCGGACUUGAUGACUUACCACAAAUCUGAAUACACGAUGUGGGCGAACGCGACACUAAGAAAGGACAAAUUGUUUGGAUCAACAGAACCCCUUGCGACUGUGGAAGUGAAACAGAUAUCCAUGCAUCACAACUUGCAGUGGACACAUUGCAGUGUCAUUUUCGACGAGAAAAACAAACCGCCAUUCGAUAUGGAUUAUGCAAAGGAUCAGCAACCAUGCGAUCAACAUCCGAGCACCCCCGUAUCCGCCCUAUUGGAUUUUAAAGCCUCAUCCGCUGUACCCAACGAGAUGGAGAUAGAAAUCGUCAAGUGCACCCCAUCGCAGGAUCUUGAAGCAACAGUGGGCAACGUCUCCUUUGCAUCUCAAAGCCAGGACGAGGAUUCUAUUGAUGGUCUGCAUACAGACAUGCGUCAAUUGGGCGUUUUGUCCAGUCCCCAGGGCUCUGUGUUUGAAGACAGCAUUGGCGAUUUCAUCUGGAGCCAGCGACGGCUGAAUACGCGUGAGGAACCCGUAUUGACUAUCAUCGAUGAAACCGAGGAAGAGAACAGCUCAGGCAAUUCGCUGUGGUUCGUGAAGAGUUCUCAGGAUUCAGAAAUAGACUUUGAGGAACAAAACGAGUUUCUCGGUCGACGUGAGGGUAUCAAUCAUCCGAGACGAGUCAGUCCUCAGGCAAACGAUACACUUGAUCUGACCUGCACCAAGAAUGCAAUCUCACACGAUAAUAACAUUGCCUACGAAGUGAUCGAAGGUGAAGAGGACACAGUGCUGAAUUCAGAUGAGAAUGUGCAACGGACAACAAGCACUGUCAGCACCAUUGAUGACAGGUCAUCCGACUCUGAACGCGAGCAAUUGACGACGGGUGGGUCACCAAGAGAAGUAUCCGUCCCAGCUCACAUAAUCCAAACGAGUGUUGAGGCAACGCCGGAUUUCAUUAUCGUCUUUUCGAACCUCUUCAACUGGUCCACACUGAAGGUUUCUGACAAAGUGGAGAUUCACGAGCCAUGUCGAAGGAUUGCGAUGCCUGAAUUUGGCCCGACUGAAUAUGGUGCCGCCGCUUGGAUUGUGGAGCGUUACAAGGUCGUUUCGUCGUAGAAAAACGAUUAUUAC